CUUGGUACGCGACUACCACUGCAAAGAGCUGUAAUGAAAAGAUUUUUAUCUAUUCAACUGCUUAAUAGUCUAACCCCAGUGAAAGACAUUUUUAAUGUGAUCAUUGUCGAACUGAAAGAAAUAUGGGGCAAAGCAGCAAUUCCAGUCAAAGACGACAAAAAUAUCUUGAAAGCUCUGAUGAAUACUCAUGAUGCCUGGCUCUCGUUAAAGAAAAUUCCCGUAGCUCGUAGAGAUAGUCCACACAGCAAAAAGCUUAUUGAAGAAUUUCAAAAACAAAUGGACUCUUUAUUUGAUAUUUCGCCUUCUGACGUGGAAAACAGACUGAGGGCGACUCGAAAGCGCCACUGGAAAGAAGAUUUUUCAUUUUUGAUUGGCCAAAGGCAAAAUCCGCAAGUUGGAUUCAUGGAGAAAGUCGACCAACAAGAACAAAAGAGACAAAAUAAAAAAAGCAAACGAAAUCUCCGAGUAAACAGAACUCCUUCAGCAGCAAGUUCAAAUCAAAACCAAGAAGAAGAAUACUCGUCCCUCAGCAGUGAAACAGAAGAAGACAUAUCUAAUUGUGGUUCGAGCGAACAGAAUGAUUCCAAUUACGAACCCCGUCGAAGUCCAAGACCUGAAUCAAUCACAAUUGAAAUUCCUGCCAAAAAUCUAAGCACUGUAACUGCACAGGUAGCAGAGAGUAGAAAUAUAACUCUACGAGACCAUUUGGUUAUACAGUCUGCAGUUGUAAAUGCUGGUGGUGGAAAUGUUAAUGACAUGUCUCUAUCACUCAGCACAGUACAUCGCCAAAGACGGCAAAUGCGACAACAAAUAUCGGAAGAGAUCAGAGAAAAGUGGAAUCCACCACCAAAUCUUCUUAUACAUUGGAACUCAAAACUCAUCAAGUAAUUAAUAUAUUGCUCAUUUAUUUUUUGUAUUUGUCCUAAAAAUAUUUUCUCAACAAAGGUAUUUAACGGGAAAGGUCGACGAUCGAGUUGCUUUUUUAGUUAGCGGAAAGCCAGAGCUGGAAAAUCCAAAGUUGCUGGGCAUUCCCGUAAUUGCAAGUUCUACCGGAACAGCGCAACACGAUGCUGUCAUGAGUUUACUUGCGGAUUGGGAAGUUAUAGAAAAAAUAGUAGGAUUAGUCUUCGACACCACAUCAAGUAAUACUGGAAGAAUAAAAGGAUGCGCGA